AUGCAUCACCAACCUGCUCCACGUACACCUUUCCCUUUCUUUUUCGGCCAUCUUCCCACGAGAGCUUCUACACUUAAGCCUGUCCCUCACUCGAAAGCUCGAGCUCAAACUACCACAUCUGACAGUUAUGAACUGCCGGAAUGGCGAGAUCCAAGACUCCAGGCUUUUGGGCCUCCUUUGAUGGCCUUGGUCUGGCAGCCCUCUACACAGCCCCAUUCCCAAGUUCUCGGUCUCGCAUACCUAUCUCCGUACUUCGAGCAGUUUACUAACGAUCUAUAUUUUGCAGGUAGUGAGGAUCUCUCUCUACCCAAAGCAACCGUGCAGAAGAUAGUCAGCGAGAUCCUUCCAGCAUCAACUGGUGUCUCGUUUUCCAAGGAAGCCCGCGACCUGCUCAUCGAGUGCUGCGUGGAAUUCAUCACUCUUGUGUCCUCGGAGGCCAACGAGAUCUCGGAGAAAGAAGCCAAGAAGACUAUCGCCUGCGAUCACAUCACGAAAGCCCUAGACACCUUGGGAUUCGGCGACUAUGUCUCUGCUGUCCUCGAAGCCGCUCAGCACCACAAGGAGACACAGAAGGUUCGGGAGAAGAGAGGCAACAAGUUCGAGGACAGCGGAAUGACGAUGGAGGAAUUGGCAUCGCUACAGAUGGAGUUUCUCAGCGCCGCACGAGACAAGCAGACAGGUGGUCCGGCUUGA